AUGUCAAACGGUAAUACUAGUAAUGCUAAAUUGGCAAAGACUUUGCAAAGAUUUGAAUCCAGAAUUGCUGCUGGUGAUUAUUAUGAAGCUCAUCAAACUUUGAGAACCAUUGCCAAUAGAUAUGUGAGGAGUAAGUCUUAUCCAGAUGCUAUUGAUUUGAUUAGUCAAGGUUCCUUGUCCUUUUUGAAAGUCAAACAAGGUGGUUCAGGGACAGAUUUGAUUUUUUAUUUGUUAGAGGUGUAUGAUAUUGCUGAAGUUCAAGUAGAUGAUGUUUCAGUCUCUAGAUUGGUGCAGUUGCUUGUGAAUGUGGAUGUCAACGAACCUAAUUUAAAGGAUGUGAUAGUUGCAAUGAACAACUGGUCUGUAAAAUUUAGUGAUUAUAAAUUUGGUGAUCCCUAUUUGCAUAAUGUUAUAGGUAGCAAGUUGCUAGAGAGAGGUGAAUAUGUAUAUGAAGCUGAGAGAUAUCUUUUAUUAGGAACUGAAGAUUCUGUUGAUAAAUAUAUCGAAUUGAUCUGGAAUUGGUUCAAUCAGGAUGGCGAUUUACAAGAAGUUGGUUCUUUCUUCAGUAGGUUGAUAUUAAACUACUUAUUUAUAUCUAACAUUGCAUUUGCUUAUAAGGCUAAAGAUGUGUUUUUGCAAUCUUUUGUUGAUAAAUACCAACCAAAGGUACAGAAUAUCGAAAAAAAUGGAUUUAAAAUGUUUCAAUUCGAAGAAUAUCCUGAACUAAACUUUUUACAAUUGUUGUUAUUAACCUGUCAAACAAAAAAUAAGGAUUUGUUCAUUAAUUUGAAAACCUAUUACCAAGAACCUGCUAAGAAAUUUAACAAAGAAAUGGAAUUUUUAGGUCAAGAAUAUUUUGGCAUCAUUGCUCCAAGACAGGCCAACUUUCUACAAGAUAUGAUGUCAGGUCUAUUGGGUGGUGGUCUAUAA